GUGAGCGCGUUAUCAUUGUCCUACGUCCCAUCUGCGAUUAUUGAUGCGAAACGCUUGCCGAUCACGCCAUACAGAGAUGUCAGUAGUUAUACAUCAUAUAGUAAGUGAGUGUACACGACACUACCAUCAAAAUGGAGAUUCCUUUCACAAAGAAAAAUAUAUUUAGUUUCCUACUUGUGGUGGUUUUCUACCUGUUGAUUCGGGAAUAUGUUUUUUACAGCACGACGGUUACGAAGCCACCAGAGAUUCUAGAAGAAAUGAUUAGUAUUAAAAAGGCACAGCUUAUUGAAUCCAUGUAUGUGAAACCACAAUACGUACAUCAUGACAAAACCAAUAAACCAAACCACUGUGUUGACAGUUAUGAUCUGGAUCCAAAGAAACCAGCCGCAGCUUCUAUGUCAAAGAUAGUCUUGCUAGGAAAUGAACGGAAAUUAUUUGAACUUGGGGAGAAGAUAACAGUGCGAAUGACACUUAGCGAUGGGAAUGGUAAAGCCAAAUCAGUAGGUGGAGACCAGGUCAGAGUGUGGAUGGUAGAACCAGCCAAGAAAGCCAAUUCUGCUGGAUAUGUUAUUGACCAUGGGAAUGGUACAUACACGGGUCAUCUAAAAGCAUUGUGGGUAGGAAGUCCCGUUAUAAAAUCUGCGAUAGCUAUCACGUGUGAAGGUAUUGGUGUCAGAAAUCAUGCGUUGAAGGUGCCAGGAAAACUGAGAGGGCUUGUGGGUGUUUUCAAGUCGGUAAACAUAACCGAAGAAACAGACUGCGCACCAAGUCUUAACUUCAAAGGAGAGUUCUGCAAUUUUACGGCGGAAAAUUUUGGUCUUCCUUGGUUCUGCGCUCGACCAAAAAACCUUAAGCUGCUGUGCCAUGACUGGGUUAAAGUGCGUGGAAUUUAUAAGUUCUUUUACACAGGACAGGAGAAGGCAAUAAUGAAAGGACACAUACUUCUGAAGCCAGAUAUUAAGAUAAACGUCACCACAAAAGGUAAAGAGCUACAUGUAUCCCCACCACCAGUCGCAUGCAACAGAAUUCCCAACAUAGAGACCUGGUCUUUAAGAUCCCCAGUAGGAUUUUUCUUCCAGGGCAAAUGGUUGUCUACGUACUGUACAAGCACUAUUGAACACUCGGUGGCCGCUUAUACAAAAUGUCUUCAAAACCAUCGUAUUCAGAUAAUGGGAGAUUCAACCUCGCGGCAAUGGCUAAUGUUUCUACAAAAGAUGCUUCAUUUCCAUAGUCUGUAUAAGUUUAGGCAACACAGACCAAUGGUGACUGUCCAGAAAACUCAUAACAUAACAAUGUCCUGGUUCACACAUGGGUAUCCUUUCUUGCAUCCAGGUUUUUCCAAUAACAAAGCGUUCAGCAAACCACCCCAUGUGUAUUUGGAUAAACUUCCAAAAGGAUGCAACGAUAUCAUCAUUGUCAAUUUAUAUCUUCAUUUUAAUCAAUAUAACCCUGACAUUCUGCAACGUCAGGCACACGCUCUGGUGAAGUCCGUUAAGAGUCUGUUGAAGCGUUCUCCCAAUGUGACGAUCGCCUUUAAGGGAUUUCAUGCAUUUCGCGACGAUCGCCUGUUUCUAGAUGAUUACUGGGCAUCCGUGUAUGAAUUAAUCAUUAAAAGAGAAUUUGCUUCAAUACAAGAUAAAGUUAUCUAUCUUGACUGCUGGGAUAUAACUGUUUGUACUGAGAAUGUAGGCUAUCACAAUUCAAAACAAAUCGAUAAAGAAAUGGUGCACAAUGCAUUCAGUCACAUAUGCAGAUAGACAUUAUUUAAAUAUAUUUUAUAUGUAAUUGUAUAUUGAUGUUAAUGUUUCUGAAUAUAAUUUUAACAUUGCAUUUUCAAAACUAGCGACCAUUCAUUCGCGUUCAUUCAUACCUCGCAAAAUACAUAUAUACACUAAUACUAUACACAGUAAUACAAAUGGUGCACGUAUACACAAGAUAUCCUCCUAACCCACAUAUAUUAUUGUUUCACAAUUCAGUCUUAUAUUAAACAGUGUUGUCCAAAUCAUUCACGAUGAGGUUGUGUUAUUAUCUAACACGACGUCAAGUUGUCAUCCACAAUGACAACGUUGAAACUAUCAUCCACUACGACGACGUUGAAGUUGUCAUCCACCCCGACGACGUUAGGGUGGCAUCCGCCACGACGACGUUAAAGCUGUCAUCCACUCAGACGACGUUAAGUUGUCAUCCGCCACGACGACGUUAAGUUGUCAUCUGCCUCGACGACGUUGACGCUGUCAUCCACUCCGACGAUGUUAAUUUGUCAUCCUCCACGACGACGUUGACGCGGUCAUCCACUACGACGACGUUAAGUUGUCAUCCUCCACGACGACGUUGACGCUGUCAUCCACUCCGACGACGUUAAGUUGUCAUCCUCCACGACGACGUUGAAGCUGUCAUCCACUACGACGACGUUAAGUUGUCAUCCACUACGACGAAGUUAAGUUGUCAUCCACCACGACGACGUUAAGUUCCCAUCAACUGUAACUGUCUAGCACAAAAUGUGUACCGAUGUCCUUCACACAGCUUUACACACAGCUAAACAGCCAUCCGACGAUCCCCUUGCUGAUCACUGCAAUAAUAUAUCCCUUGUCAUAAUUUUAUACAAACUCUAUAAAGAUAUAUGCUAUCAUUCCGUUAUACAAAAUGCACCAACUGUACAAAUAAUUCCACCACCUAAAUAACUUACACCGACUAACAACUUAUGUUCAAACCGUGUACACAGGAAACUAUAAUAUCUAUUCACUGUUACGUAAGUCAGUCAGUCAGUCAGUGUCUCUCUCUCUCUCUCUCUCUCUCUCUCUCUCUCUCUCUCUCUCUCUCUCUCUCUCUCUCUCUCUCUCUCUCUCUCUCUCUCUCUCUCUCGACUUGUGUAAUGCGGGAAGUGUGGACUAUUAACAUGCCCAAAGGUUCAGGCUCGCCAUUUAUAUGAAUGUUAUAUAAGUGUUAUAGAUUUUAAAAUAUUUAGCAGGCGCAUAGUUUUCUAUCGGGCUGGUCUAAAGAAAAGAUAUAAUUACAACUUAAAAUUAAUAUAUUAUUAAUAUUUAUUAUUAGCCCUGGAGUGAAAGGGUUCGCAAGGGGGGGGGGGGG